AUGGCGCCGGAAAAGCGAAACAACUUUCUUGACGCCGAUGACAGCGACUCCGACGCCCAGUCACAAGGCUACGAUUCCGAUCGUGAAGUUCGCAAGGGCGCACGCACCGCCAAGCGUAGAAAAAUCGAUAAUACCCGUGCUGGCAGCGACGGUGACGACUAUUCCUCCGACGAAGGUAGCGGCUCGGAUCACGGCGUCCGUUUGAGCAAGACCAAAGCCAAGGGCCCCGUUGCGCCUGCAGCGGUCAAGGUCCCCAAGCUCAUAAAUACCGCCGACCCGCUCCGGUCUCUCAUCAAGCGCAACCUCGUUUCCUCGGAAGACGCCAUCAAAAAGUCGGGGGUCCUUUACGUCUCCCGAGUCCCGCCCUUUAUGAAGCCUCACAAGCUCCGCACCCUCCUCGAGCCCUUUGGCACGAUCAACCGCACAUACCUCGCUCCCGAGGACCCCGCAAGCCACCAGCGCCGCGUCCGUGCCGGCGGCAACAAGAAGAAGCUCUUCACCGAGGGCUGGAUCGAGUUCGUCGACAAGCGCGACGCCAAGAAGGCGCACCAGCUCCUCAACGCCCGAACCAUUGGCGGUAAGAAAGGGAGCUACUACAGGGACGACGUCUGGAGCCUCGUCUACCUCAAGGGCUUCAAGUGGCGCGAUCUCACCGCCCAGAUCGAGAAAGAGAACGCCGAGCGCGAGAGUAGGAUGAGGGCCGAGAUCAGCAAAGCCGCCCGCGAGAACCUCGAGUUCGUUCGCAACGUCGAGCAGGCCAAACAGCUGGAUGGUAUCAAGGCGAAAAAGGAGAAGAAGGAUAAAAGAGUGGCCAAGGGCAAUUCUGCUGGGCAGGCGCCCUCGAGGACCUUUAAACAAGUUCCUCAGGUCUCCAAGAGGAAACCUGGAGAGGUCGGCGAAGAGCCUGCAGAGAACGUAAAGAGGGUGCUUAGUAAAAUCUUCUAG